AUGAGUGGUGUAUCCCACCGUCUUCCUUCAGACCGCUUGUCUGGUGAGCGGCAUACUUCGUUUGCGUCACUCCCCACCUCUAGUGCCUCCACUUCAUGCAAAUCCAACCAAAAUGGACCUCGAAAACUUCCUUCCCAGACAUCUCUGCACCGGAGAUCGCCAAAUAGCUCGAUGUCAUCCUUACGACCACGUUCUACUCGAUCAUACAAUAGCUUCCAGGCCAAACGACGGAGACUAAAAUCACAAUAUCCCCUAGACUCUCCCGAGCUGCAUGUCGAGUAUAUCCUCGUGGCUUCGUUCCACGUGGACCGCGGUCCAAUCAUGGAACACCAAUAUCCCAGUGCGAUCAGCGGUGAUGAAAAUAUGUUGGCGGAGCUCAUGUUACCCGAUCAAACUCAUGUUCGCAGUCAGGACUGGACUAUAUUUUUCCUUCACAAGGAUGCGGGGUCGGAGGAAGAGCAGGAGUGUGGAGACUCCUCCGUGGACCAACAAGCAGGAAAUAGUAGGAUAAGACAAGAAAAUGAGGGAUUGAAUGAUGGUGGUUCUGAGGUAUCAGUGGGUGAUGAAGACGAGAUCGAGGACGAGGAUGAAGAAAAUGGGGAAGGCCCCCCGCUCAUGUAUGUGUUAAAUCUUGUCAACACAAAACAAGAUACAUCGGUAAAGCGGGGAGCUGUAGUUAAGGCCAUGGCAAUAUGUACACGGCAUUCUUUUCUUCAUAUAUAUAAGCCCUUACUCCUAUUGGCAUUGGAAGAUUAUUUUAAAUCACCGUUCCCGGAAACACUGGCAGCCUUGUAUAACUCACUGAACGCAAUGGACCUUUCGCUGUUACCCCGACUUACCUACCUUGAACGCCAUAUCCUACAGGCUAGUGACGCAAAAGACAUGUUUAUUGAAAAAUUCGAGCAAAUGGUUAAGCAAAGGUUAGCGGAGGAAAGGAUCUCGCACGACAGCAAAGGAUCUCCUCAAAGAAGCUUAUCCACCCCGAAAUACGCACUCCCCAGAGAUACCCAUGAAUUUGAGUCCAAAAUUAUUUAUAACGAUAUUGCAAUUCCAGUCAAAGUUCCUUCUGCCAUUUCGCCGGAAACAGUCGGUGACUUCUCUCUCAUCAAACUCAUCCAAACUUUUGGUGGACCUCAUUCCAGCUCACCUCAACCCUUUGCCCUCCACUCUCACCUUACCAGCAGCGGAGCAUAUACGCAUCCUAUAAUCGUCUUGGUUAAUGCUUUGCUUACUCAAAAACGUGUUAUUUUCCUGGGUCACAAUCGACCGUCUGGUGAAGUUGCUGAGGCGGUUCUUGCAGCAUGUUCUUUAGCAUCAGGAGGCAUACUCCGUGGCUUUACACGGCAUGCCUUUCCGUAUACCGAUCUCACUAAAAUAGAUGAACUGUUGAAAGUUCCCGGUUUUGUGGCUGGUGUCACUAACCCAGCUUUUGCUAACCAUCCCGAGUGGUGGGACCUUCUCUGCGAUCUUCCCAGCGGCCGCAUGAAAAUAAGCAGUUGUAUCGAACCUGCUCCCGUUUCGGAGGGAUUUCUGUAUUUCCAACAGCAAAACUUAUCCGCUCCCUCUGUGAUCAAUUCCGCACCUUCCACAGCCGAUCUAACAGGUGACUCCGCUUUCAUGGAAGAUAUCCUCCAUAGCAUUGCAUCACGCCACGGAGAGGGGGCGAUUCGUGCAAAAUGGCGGGCUUACAUCACAAAAUUUACCAGGAUUUCCGCUACAUUCGAGCAAACCGUCUAUGGAGCUACGGCACUCCAUAUCAUGAUUUCUGGUGGGGAUUCCGCUGAUGGUCGAUCUGGUCGCCAAUCCGACCCUUCUGAUCCAACGUCCCUACGCGGGCACGGAUACGUCUGGCCCGAUGUUGCCACGAAACAACGCGAACUAACAGCCUGGGUAUCCCGAAUCGAAGGCUGGAGAAACACACGCUCAUAUUACUACUUCAUCCAAGAUACAGCUGCACUCUAUCUAGUUGGAAGACCCGUCCAAUCCAUCGACAUCCACCACCAUCAUGAUCGGCUGCGCUUGCUUAAACUUAGCCACGCAGACUCAGCACAGAUUUAUCUCGCCCUCUCUCGCGUUUGCAAUGAUUACAGUUCGAUAUGCCAACUUCUAACAGUCACACCGGAGAGUCAGGCUGGCCUGUUUUACAUCUCAAUGGGCCUAUUCCAUCCCAAUUUAACCGUACGAGAAGCAGUUGUCGACCUGUUGGACCGGAUUUCUGCUCAUGAAGCUGGACGUCAUUUCUGGGCACAGCUAAGCAGGUUCACGAAGCUUGCUUAUUUUAGAGUAAAAAGGGACAGGGAUGCGGAGAAAUGUAGCCCAACUGAAGAUCCGCAGAACUUCGGUAGAGCGUCUUUCACAGACUCAUCAUCUGCGAAAGCGUGGGGCAGAAGAAGCUAG